AUGCCCGGUGUGAAAGCAAGGGCGUUGAGUGCUGCUAUUUUGGUUUCCGCCGCACGGGCUGAACCUUUGAAGGUCGGCGGCAUUGACCUCGACACUCCGCCAUCCCACUGCGCACCGGUCCGCGAUGCCGAGGUGCCCAAAGCUGCCACCUUGGGCUUCGUAUCCGGUGCCAUGACGGCCUCUGCUGUCUACUGGAUUCGCAGGGAGCAGCGUCGAAGACGUCAGCCUGGCAAAGCGACGCAUCCGCGAGAGUGGGCCGUUUGGACACGUCUCGAUAGGAAAAAGAAAGGCUACGUCACGCGCAAAGAUCUAAAGUCCUUGUGCUACAGAUUCGAGUCUGAUGAGCACGCAGAACACCUGGCGAAGCAGCUGGACCCGUGGGGAAUGGAUCAUAUCACUUUCAGCAGGUUCAUCAGCGACUUCAAGGUUGUACAGAUGAUGCGACAAGCAGGAAGACUGAAGCUGUGGCAUAGAUGUUGCGGCCUUGGGGUGGCUGGAAACGUGGCAGGGCACAUGGCGCAAGCCGGCGAGGCUGGCCAGGAGAGCCAUUCUGCCACGAAGCCCGCCGCUAUCUUCAGCUACUACAUGCCUCCUCACCCGUACCAAGUCAGCGACCAGCAGGCAGACAAGAAGCGACUACAGGAGUUUCCGGUGACUUACGCUGUCAUCGACUACCCGAAGCUCCCUGGCGCUUGCAAGGUUCAAGUCGAACCUGAGCUCGGGCUGCUGGUUGACAUCGUGUACACGAAGGACCGCAAGCGCGUCGACCACCUGGUCCCCAGGCGCGUGGCAGCCUUCAAUGACUGCUCCAUUCGCAGCUUGGAGGGAGCAGAGAAGCUGAGCAUGAAGAAGAACUGGGGCUUCGGCAGCAAAGGAAUUAGCCUCCGAAGCUUUCCUAUCGACAGCUUCGGUCCGGGCACCUUCGUCGACUUCCUCGCGCUGGUGUCCUACAUGAAGCGAGACGGAGAGGUCUUCCAGUACUCUGUGAAGGCGCCAGUCAGGAACUACUUGCUCUUCCAUGAGCCACUCUUGGAGUGGAUCGUUGAGCAGAUCAACGGGCAAAAAGACACGGACAAGUGGGAGGAGAUAUAUCCUCAGCUUGCCGCGAGCGAUUUCCCAACCUCCUCAUGGAUUGCACUCGGGGCUGGCGAGUACACGGACUACGGGGCGACGCAUUUCUUGCAACCGCUUGAUGAGGUGGUCGUGGUCGUGUAUGACGAGCGAGUGAUGCCAGAUGGUCCCGGUAUGGCACAAGUUCUAGAGAUGUUCGAGGACACUCCAGCGCCUGCGGGCUCUGUGAUGCUUCAUCAGACAUUCGUCUGA